AUGAUUUCUCCGAAAGACUAUUUAGUUUUCGACGCUGUUCGCCAGGGAUUUAUCGGUCAGAUACGUGAAAUACUUGAAACAGACAAAAACACAGUAUUGGAAAAAAUGAGUCAACGUAACGAACAAGGGGAGACGCCAUUGCAAAUGGCCAUCAGAGAAAGAAAAUUCGAAGUUAUUGAAUUUUUGGUGCAAACCAUCAAGGAUAACAUCAAAAUCGACGAGCAUCCACGAUCGAAAUUUAUGAAACACAUGUCGCUUUUCUCGUGGGAUAGAGUGGAUUUGGACAAAUUUUCGAUUGGACCGGCAGAAUUUGGCAAGGAAUACACACAAACAUUCGUACUGCCAUCACCCGAAGUGGCCAUUAUCCGGGACAUUGCAGAACAGAAUUCCAUUUACAAACUGAUGGAAUACCUGAUUGACGUUGUCGACGACGAGCUUUCGUGGUUCGAGUUUGUUUUAAAUUCCAUAGUGGCAAGCAACAUGUCCCGUCCUGAGAAGAUCAUAGCGUUUGAAUUAAUGGGCGCUGCCUUCAUUUUGAAAAUACUUUUAUCGGAGCAAUUCGAGUCGGAUGAAAUUGCCGUCGAUUUGCGUGGAUUGAAAUGCUGGAGGAGAGCUUUGGAACUGCGGAAUUCGACAGCCAAUAGACGGAGGCCUAUCCCUAAAAUGCCAUACGUUCUGACAGAUAAUGCCCGCAGCGCGAUUGGCGAUGCGGUUGAAAUCACGACACUAGAAGAGCUGGACGAAUUGGAACAACAAUUAAGACGUCGCAAUGACAUAUCCGCCGUUGUUAUCCAAGCUCUUCUCAUCAUUCAGCGGACGUUCGGGCAAAGAAGAGGUAGGCAAGUAGAGCCGAAUUUGUUUCACCUCAAAACUUUGCAAGAAUAUGGAGAACACUUUUUAGUAACUGGAAAUGUCAUCCAGAAUAGACAGAUGCAUCACAGGCGCACCAUCAACAUUUCACUGCUCAUUAUGGAGCAGUUCAGUCGACCAGAUUCGCCCAGAUGUUUCCAAGUAUUCGUUGAAACUUUUCUCCUCUUCUCCGACAUCCUAAUAGUUCUGGAACGCAGCCCACUCACAUCUGCAGAAAAAUUAGAAGAAUUAACAUUUUCCAAUCUGCUAGCUGCCAUUAAAUUUGGAUCCAUGAUUGCCACAAAUCUGAUAGUAUUACCUCCAAUCAGCAACAAGCAUGGCGAAUGGCGGCAUUUGGUUAUGAAGAAAAUGCAUUUAUUGGUAAUGACUAUGUCGAAGACUUUCCAUUUGGACAGAGACGAGGACGACCGAUUGAAUCUCAUUCUCGCUAAUUUGUUUCACGUCGAGAAAUUACGUACCGGAUUCUCCAGUAUUCUUCAUCUGGCGAUUGACAAGUUUCUGUCAACAUGCUCGGACGAUCUUAUGCAAAUCAUUAUUAUUCAAAAAUACCUUGCAAACGGAGCCGACCCUAAAGCUGUCGAUGGAAAUGGAAAAUCUCCUCUUCAUAUCCUAGCCGAAAAGUGUACGCCUCAUUCAAGGGAAUCGUUUUUUAACGUUUUUCAGGCCCUGUUGGAUGCUGGAUGUCAUUUGGAUCAAGCAACGCCAGAUGGGGACACUGUUCUCGGUAUCUUAAAAGAAAAGAAAAAACAGCUCAAAGUUGAUGAAAAUUUACAUCCCAGAAUUGAUCGGUGGAUGAAAACUGUGUUGCCUUUGAAGUGCUCUUGCGCUCAAGUAAUACAAAAGGAAAACAUCAAAAUUGAUGGACAGCAGCAUCAACUUCCACUGAGUGUCCAUCUGUUCAUCGAACAGCAUUUCGUCUGUAAAGGAAGGCCAUCAUCCAAAUCUGCGUGGAUUCCCAGCGCGUACAAAGUUUUGUGUUUUAACAACUAACCUCCGGCUACUAUCAACGAACAGCCUCUAACAUUGGAAAUGGGCAAUCUUUUUCCCUGUACAAUUCUCUCGUGCUUUAUUAAGUUCUGUUUUCGAAAUUCCACGAGUCUCCUUAAGAAAUUAUAUUCAAAUACUUGGUCAUUACUGUUGAUUAAUAAACGAUGAAAUAACACUGAAA